GUCUCGCUGUCUCCCUUCAAAACAAAUCGUUGCCGGUUUGCGUUUUGGAACUGCCGAUAGCGACCCGAGACGUUAAAGGCACUCACAGCAGACAGCGCUUCACGACGCAGACGCACAGAGACACAGAGAGGCACGAUUCGGUAAUUUGUCGCCACUUACGGUACUUACAGUGAAGGUGCUUUGAACGCCACAGCUCGUCAAGAUGGUCAAGAUGGGCUUAACCAAGCAGUACCUGCGAUACACAUCUGCUGGGAAUUUCAAUAUCAUUGCCAGCCUCUCCUGCAAUGCCGUUUUUGUGGUAUUGCAAGGCCAAGAAGGCAGAUUUGUGGCAGUGGGUGGGUGUGAAGAUGUUAUAGUUUGGGAUCUUCGCCUCGGUGAAAAGGCACUGGUGAUUCCUGGAGAAAAGCAUGAAGUUACCUUCAUACUCCCAAGUCCGGAUAAGCAGUUCCUAGCGGUUGGAUAUGCAGAUGGCUCAAUCAGAGUGUUUGAGCUAAGUACUACUGAUUUGGUAGCUACAUUUUCAGGGCACCGUUCUGCUAUCAACUGCUUGGCAUAUGAUGAAAAUGGUCAUCGCCUUGCCUCAGGAUCUAAAGACACUGAAAUCAUAGUAUGGGAUGUAGUAGCUGAGCGUGGUCUUCAUCGCCUAUCUGGUCACAAAGGAAUUAUUACCCAAGUGGCAUUUCUUCAUGACCGCAAUAUCCUUGUUUCUUCUUCUAAAGAUACAUUUGUUAAAUUUUGGGAUCUUGAUACAGCACACUGUUUCAAAACAAUUGUUGGUCAUCGAACUGAAGUGUGGGGCUUGGCUCUGGUGAAGAAUAGCAAGUACCUUGUAACAGGCAGCAGUGACAGUGAAUUGCGUAUGUGGGAGAUAAAGGAUGGUAAAAACAGCUCAGAAUCAACACUUAUGGCUAGAGAUGAAGACCCCUCUGAUAUAACUAGUGAUGAGUCAGAUGUUGCGUCACCAAUUAUCUGCAUUAAAGCUGGGUCCAUCUUACGGGCUGGUACAGGCCGUGUGGUUGGUCUCACAGCAGACAGAGAUGGUUCUGUGUUGGCUUGCUUUGGAUCUGAUAAUAGUCUGGAAAUGUUUGAAGUAAGAUCUGAUGAAGAAGCUAAGCUAAAGAUGAAGAAGCGCUUGAAGAAACAACAGAAAAAGCAAUUAAGUAAUCCAGAGGAGUUUAAGGACACUUCUGAACCCAUGGAAACCAUACCCGAAUUGGAUGAAAACUCUUCCCCGUCUCUGAAAGAUGAAAUAAUUAGGCUGCCAGUCAUUAAGUAUGGUGGAAAAGUGAAGUCAACUUCUCUUGCUGUCGGUCGUGGUCAAGAGCUGAGAGUGGCUAGUAUUUUGAACAAUAAUAGAUUAGAACUUCAUUCUAUGAGUUUAUCAGCUAAAACCACCCCACCCCACAGUUUGAGAGUAAUUGAAAAUCAAGGUCACCACUCUGAAGUCAGAAAUGUGGCAUUUAGUUCUGAUGGUUUGGCCAUUAUUUCUGGCAGUUCAGAAGCAUUAAAAAUUUGGAAUAGACCAUCAUUAGCAUGUUUACGAACAAUCAAAACAGACUAUAUUUUGUCUGCGUGUUUUGUUCCCGGUGACAGACAUGUUCUUCUAGGCAUGAAAGAUGGAAAAUUGCUUAUAGUCGACAUAGCUGCAGGAGACAUAUUAGAAGAAAUUGAGGCCCACUCAAAAGAAUUGUGGUCUAUUUCUGUUUUACCUGACAAGCGUGGUUGUGUGACAGGGGGAGGUGACAACACAGUAAAAUUUUGGCAGUUUGAGCUCAUCCAAAGUUCUGAAUCAAAGGCAAAAGUACUAUCAGUUCUUCAUACACGGUCUCUUAAACUAGAAGAGAGUGUCCUCUGUGUUAGAGUCAGCCCCAAUAGCAGACUUCUUGCUGUUGCAUUACUUGAUUCAACAGUCAAAGUCUUUUAUCUAGACACAUUGAAGUUCUUUUUAUCCCUCUAUGGACACAAACUUCCAGUUACUUGUAUGGAUAUCUCUUCUGAUUCCACACUAAUAGUCACUGGAAGUGCUGACCGCAAUGUUAAGAUUUGGGGCUUGGACUUUGGUGACUGCCAUCGUUCUCUAUUUGCCCAUGACAAUACAGUGACAGGAAUACAAUUCAUCCCAGAUACGCACCAGUUCUUCUCAUGUGGUAAAGAUGGGCGUGUGAAACAAUGGGAUGCAGACUCGUUUGAGAGGAUAGUUACUAUUCAGGGUCAUCAUGGUGAGGCAUGGGGUUUGUCUGUAAGCUUUAAUGGCCAAUAUGUGGUGAGUUGUGGGUCUGACCGAGUCCUAAGGAUGUUCACUCGCACUGAAGAACCCCUUGUUUUAGAGGAUGAGAGGGAGCAGGAACGGGAAGAAGAAGACAAUGAGGCUGUGGAACAGUCUGAGGAGACGACAGUGGAGGGCCAAAGUGCCUUGCAUCUGCCAUCCAAGAAAACAGUUGGCAGUGAAAAGGCGGCGGAAAUGCUCCUAGAAUGCCUCGAAGUAGGUGCUGCAUAUGCUGCAGAACUGGACCAACAUAACAUAGCAGUGAAAAACACGGGGAAAGAGGGAGUUGUUCCACCACCUCCUGCCAUAAUGGUUGCUUACAAUGCUUCCACGCCUUCAGAGUUUUUGCAAGAAGUUCUAGCCAGAAUAAGACCAAGUGAGCUGGAAGAAUGUCUUCUACGUGUUCCAUUUGGCAGUGUCUUGCAGCUUUUGCCCCAGCUCAUCACUUUACUUGAAAAGCCCCAGCAACCACAUACAGAAAUAGUGUGUCGAACAGCUCUAUUUCUUGUUCGUGUUCAUCACGGGCCUAUUAUGAGUACUUCUUCUCUUCUGCCCACUAUUCGCCAUUUGCACAUGCUCGCUGCCUCAAAGAUAGCAGAACUACGGGAUUUAGUUGGUGUCAAUCUUCAUGGCUUCUUGUUCCUUCAACAUGAAAUUGAAGCAAGGGAAGGUGUUAUAUUGUUUACUGAAGCAGCAGCGCAGCGAAAGCAACGAGGAAAAAAGCGGCGUGGACCCACCAAAAGAGCAAUUCUUACACUAUAAAGUGUUGUUGACUUUAGGAACAAAAUGGAUGCUUGUAACAUUGUAAGAAAUAAAUUAUAUGAAGUUGACCCAUUAUUAA